AUGACCACAAUUCGGUGUAUUCUUGCUAUUGCAGUCAAGAAAAAUUGGGGUCUUUAUCAAUUGGAUAUGAACGCCGCUUUUCUACAUGGGGAUCUACACGAAGAGGUUUAUAUGAAAUUUUCAACUGGCCUAGACCCUCCUGCUCCUAAUUUGGUUUUUCGUCUCAAGAUAUCUCUUUAUGGGCUUCGUCAAGCUUCUAGACAAUGGUAUUCUCGCUUGACUACUGCCCUUAAUUUCAAAGGUUUUACUCAUUCCUUUAACGACUACUCUCUUUUUUACAAGAAGAAUAUUAAUUAUGUCUCUUUGGUGGCUGUCUAUGUGGAUGAUAUCUUACUCACAAGCAACAAUAUUAAGGAGCUCAAUGAUUUAAAAUAUUUUCUAGAUCAGGAGUUUAAGAUAAAGGAUUUGGGCAACUUAUCUUAUUUUUUGGGAAUGGAAGUCCUUCAUGAGCCCUCUGGUCUGAUUCUCUAUCAACGCAAGUUCACCCUGGAACUCCUUACUGAAUUUGAUUGUCUUGGUUUAUCUCCUACUUCUUCUCAUUUGGAUCCUUCUUCAAAACUCCAUGCAGGGGUUGGUGCUCCUCUUUCUGACCCUUUGCUCUAUCGUCAACUAUUGGGGAAACUCAAUUUUUUGACUCAUGCUCGUCCUGAUAUCUCUUUUGCCGUUCAACAUCUUAGUCAAUUCAUGCAGGAUCCUCGUGAGCCUCAUUUUUCUGUUGCUCAUCACUGUCUUUGUUACCUCCUUUGUGAUCCUGGUUUGGGCCUUUUUAUGUUUGGUGAUCCUUCUCUUGAUUUGAUUGCCUUCUGCGGCUCCGAUUGGGGUUCUUGCCCUGAUAGUCAUCGUUCGGUUAGUGGAUUUUUCAUCAGUUUGGGGGGUUAUCCUGUUUCUUGGAAAUCCAAGAAACAACCUUCCGUCUCUUGUCUUCUGUUGAGGCUGAGUACCGGUCAAUGA